GCCUUGCGAAAGCGUCCAGCUGGAAGGAGCCAAGAAAGACACAGGAGAGGUUCAGCAGCUACGUUGCAGUAUCAAGGUUUCUCACUAAAAUUCGCGAAUCCGAAUUAAAUUCGAAAAAGAAACAACUUCCAACGAAAAAGAAAAAAACACGACAAUUCAUAAUAUUUUUCAAGUCUUAGCUGACUUGAACAAAACUCGAACCAUUGUCGACGAUGGAAUUGUGUUAUGAAUCACGGUAAAAUGAAUUUCCAGGGGACAGCUGGUCUAUACGCCGCUGCUGCUCUGUUGCGAUUAAUACUAUUCGCCUUUUUUCCCGGACUCCCAGAUCUGUUGACGGACCGUGUCGAGAUUUCGACUCCCGUAACGAGUUUCAAGAGAUUACAAGAAGGUCUCUUUCUACAUAAUCAUAAUGUCUCUCCGUACGACGGCGGCGUUUACCACCAAGCGCCAUUACUCCUCCCAUUAUUUUCUCUCCUCCCAGACCCGUCGACAUAUCCCAUAUUCGCAUAUCUCUUAUACAUCGUGAUCGACCUACUCAGCGCCGAUGCGCUCUAUAAGAUCGCCGAAUCGGGGGAGGCAGCCGCGUCGAAACUCUUCACCUCGGCCCGCAAAGAAAGAAGAUGGAGCGGUUACAUAGUCGCGGCCCUCUUUCUCUUUAACCCAUUUACAAUCGCGACAUGUAUGGCUCGGCCGACUAAUGUCUUCACCACAUGCGCAAUACUGCACGCCAUAGCGAAGGCUAUAUCCGGGAACCCCUUUACCUCUAUGUUAGCGCUCUCGUUUGCGACAUACCUCUCGAUGUAUCCCGCGUUACUGUUACCGCCGCUGAUAUUACUUGCCUAUGACCGACAACAUGCCUCGAACAAAACGCCGUCUCUAAUACAAUUCACAAGCGUCAAUGUUGUUAUAACUACUAUCAGUCUUACUGCCCUAUUUGUGGGCUCUUACCUCCUAACCGGAUCCUGGGAGUUCCUCGCCUCUACAUAUGGCAUCCAGUUGACGUUGACGGACUUGACGCCUAAUGUCGGGCUCUGGUGGUACUUCUUUAUCGAGAUGUUCGACAGCUUCCGGGCUUUCUUUCUUGCCGUCUUCUGGUUGCAUCUCUCAUGUUACGUGGGCGGACUUUCAAUCCGCAUCCGCAACCAGCCACUUGCUGUCCUGACGCUACUCCUCGGCAUAUUCGCCAUUUUCAAACCAUAUCCUAGCAUCGCCGACACGAAUUUAUUCCUAGCCAUGAUACCACUGUUCAGACAUGUAUUCCCGCUCCUACGUUACACAUUCGUCGCUGCCUCUACUGUGCUAUAUGCGACCUUCCUCGGCCCUUCAUUCUACUACCUAUGGAUUUACGCUGGUAGCGGUAACGCCAACUUCUUCUACGCAAUCACGCUCGUCUGGAGUCUGGGCCUGAGCUUGCUUAUUAGCGAUUUGACAUUUGCUAUACUCCGCGAUGAAUGGGAAGUCGAGCGACCCGAGAUGGUGGGCAAGGAAAUUCGACAGAUCUAGUAGUCGUGUGGUGUUUACUUGUCCCACAUCUGUGCAAUAGGAGUUAGAGGCAACCUCUGUGAAAUAUAUUUAGAAGUGAGGAUAUUAGAUUACGCCAUCAAUACCAGAGAAAUACAAUAUCACAAUAUUCGAAAGGAAAACGCAA